AUGGAUGUUAGAGUUCUUUUGAAAGUGUAUUAUUUUGGUCAGCUUUUGUUGCAGACGUUGGAAGGAGUAAAAUUUGUUUGUGAAGAUCCGUUAGAUGUUGUUAGUCCCUUCACAAUUUCAUUUGAAGAGUUUAAAGGUGUGAUUUGUGAGAAGAUAGAUUCUGGGAUGUCAAGAAAAAUAUCAUGUAUUUUGUACAGAUAUCCCGUACUAGUAUUUGGUGAAUUUGUUCAAUUUCAGACCAAAUAUAUAACGGGCGAACCGAGCAUGCAAAAAAUGUUUUCAAUGUAUAUUGAAAGUCGUGCUCAAAUCGCAUUCAUCGAGUUGUAUAUUGAAUUCGAACAAUCUGAGGCAGAUCGAAAUAUUUUACAGGAAGACUACAAUAGUGACAGUAAGGAAGAGUUCGAAAGCAAUUACGAAGUUGUUGGUCCAGACGGAGAUGAAGAUCAAGGUGACGGCACUGUGGCUCCGAAUGUGACAGAUGUGGCAAAUGCACUCGCAAACGAAGUGCUAUUUGAGGAGUCAUCUUUCAUGAGAGUUUUGGAUUUGGAAGCCAUGCAUGCUCCGGAGUUUUCAGACUAUAUGAAUACAGAUGGUGAAUUCGCUAUGAAGAUGGAAUUCAAUUCUAGGGAAGUUGUUAUUAAGGCGAUGAAAGAUUAUACCCUUCGAAGAAGUGUAGACUACCGUGUGUAUGAGUCAGAGCAUUUGACAUUUUAUGCAAAGUGUACACAGUACGGGUCAGGGUGUGAUUGGCUUAUCAAAGUUAGCAUGAUCAGCAGAAAGUACUGUUGGGUUAUUAGGAGGUACAACGGCAGUCACACUUGUACCAGAGUAACCAUUUCUCAGGAUCAUUCGAAGCUGGAUUCAAAUAUAAUUGCAGAAACCAUAAAGUCGUUGGUUGAGGCUGACCCCUUGUUAAAGGUAAAAUCAGUUAUUUCUGAAGUGCAGUCGAAGUUCAACUACACCGUCAGUUAUCGGAAAGCUUGGUUGGCUAAGCAAAAGUCAGUUAAAAAAAUAUUUGGAGCUUGGGAAGCAUCCUACAAAGCGUUGCCCAUAUGGUUUGAGGCCAUGUGUCAUAAGGAGCCAUCAGCUGUUGUACAUUUUGAGACUAUGCCUGCAUACCAAGGGGAUGACUUGGUGUACGGGACUUACUUGUACGAAAAGUAUAAGGGUUGCUUGUUAGUGGCCGUUUCGCAAGAUGGAAAACCGAUCGUCAAGGGUGCACGCAAUCUUUCUAUCACUGCACUUGUGAAAGCAACAUUCUACAUACUUAAUGAGUUGUUCACAAGGAAAAGAGCCGAGGCGGAGGCUCGGAUUAAUGCUGGCCAUGUCUUUUCUGAGCAUUUGACCUCCAAAAUUCAUGCAAAUCAACUUUCAUCAGGAAAUAUUUAG